GCAAGCGCUGGUCUCAAUCCCACAAGUACAGCGGAUACAGAAGUCCGCCGCAAAUGUGUCACUUUCAGAAUAUCUGAGUGUUUUGCUUGACUGGAGCUGACGUCUUCGCGGAGCCUCUUCGGGGUGAUGUUUCGCUAGAGGCAGCAGCGACAGCCCGGGAUUUCACUAUCCUACCGCAAGGGAAUUUUCCAGCGUUUGGAUUCCGGCCUUACUGUAUGGACUGCUGGUAUCGCUCGUAUGCAGUGCGAGGGAAAGGCAGCUCGAGAACCUCCGAACGCGGCACACCGCACGGCAGGCGGGACAGAUGCCGGAGGCACUUCCCGCCUCGCGUUUCUCCCCUCGUUUGUCACGAUUUUCCGGCUGACUCGGACCGUUCCACGGGCGCUUUUAAAAGGGUGUUCACGGCCCGUUAACGCAGCGACUUAAACUCGCCGGAACAGAUGUUCUGGCACCUUCGAGCCCGUGGACUUGGCUGUCUUUCGUGUUGCAGCUCGACAAUAUCGAGCUGAACACUUGCCAACUUACUUCGGUGAAUGUACACCCAACCAUUGCGCAGAUCCGUCUUGACGCCGUUGGUUUUGCUCCGUGGAAAGUGCCGGAGUGUGUAGAAGCCGCGUCUUUAUCCGAACCUCGACUGCGAGACGCCUUCAACCUACCCAGCGUUUUAUGCUCCAUGUCUUGGGGAUGUCAUUUUCACGGGAAGGGCUCUCUACACGUGUUCCCGUUUCCAUACCCGCUGGCCCCGGCUUUUCGUCUGCCUCGGUAAAGUUAUAUGCAUACUUAAGAAAGCUACUCUUUCUUCCUGGCAUCGACUUGCAUGAAAGCGGCUGUUCGUCUGCGAUUUUAUGCAUGCUCGAACAAGCUCCCUCUGUGACAAGUUUGGCUUCGUUCCGGUGUCACCACGCCUGUCGCCUUUUUCCCGAUCUCUUGGCCAUCUAUUCCCGCGGCUCCCCGUUCGAGGACCUGCGGCCGCUUUUCCCAUCUGGCUGCUGCUCGUCGUAGAAGGCGCCUCUGUCCAUCCCGAGUUUCUCUGUUGCUUCUGUCUCGGAAGGCGUUUUCUAGGGAGUAAACAAAUUUACUACACACCCGGUCAAGUUGGACUCCUGGAUAGCGCGUCUGAAGUUGCCAGGCCCCAUUCCCCCUCGUAGGUGGUGUGCAGCAUUGCACCUAUGCAGCUGUCGGGAGUUGCACGCGUUCGACAUGAAGUUGCUCUUCUAGCUCUUCUUGGCGUCCUCUCCCUUACGUCUUCUGAGGAACCUCUACGAUGGGAAACAAGGGAGACACCGCGCCUUCCUCGGGGAAGGUUCCCCAGAGGGUCGUCACCCUCAUCCGGUGGCUAGGACGCGGGGCGAGAGAAGCGCGGAGGCAAGAGAACAAAGAAAAUGAGGGCGUCGGUAGAGAGAAGAGGAGUAUCUUUCUGCGCAGUGCAACUUCCUUCUUAGGAGGAGGUUCAGGACACCAGCGAAACUCUGAGAUACGCCGGAGCGUCUUCGGCUGGUUAUCUCGGCAACACAAUUCUGGUGACGAAGAGGGCAAACAGCGGCCACCCGCCUUCGAGAGAAGACGAAAGCGGUACCUAACUGUGAGCUGGAAAUACAAAAAGAGCAUCGGCAUGUCGGCGUCAUUUGUCUUCGUGUGCAACCAGAUUCUCGCCUCAGGUCUCACGUCGAUGCCUCUGACGCUGAUCGACUUUGGCUGGCUGCCCUCGCUGCUGAUGAAUCUCCUCUUCUGCGUGCUCUCCUUCGUAUGCUCUCUGCUCCUCCUCGAGUCCGUGACGCUCAUUGAAAACAAUCAAAACUUCAACGAGCGCUUCGAGUACUCUGCUACAGUCCGGCACUACCUUGCGCCUAUGCACGGAGCGCGUUCUCAGAAGCGGCUUCACCCGGUCACCGGUACCGGCUUGGGUCCGCUCUCUGGAGGGAGCGAAGGGAGAGACGGAGACAGUUCCUCGACUUCUUCUCCUCCCUCUGCUGGCGCGGUCGACUUCCCCUAUGGUCCUGCGCCGCUCCUCAGACGCUUUCUUCGUUUGAUGGCCAACCGACAGGGGGGUCGCGAGUCUCCGGCCUCGGGUGUAGAGGCACCACAGCCUGGCGUGGGAAGGAGGGCGGCGGGCGCUGCUCUGGAGGCAGACGGGGAGCAGGCGAGGAAACCAGGCAGGGUCGCCAGUGAAGAUGCAAUUGUGACUGUCGCGUCACAGACUCCUCCGGAGACUAUGGCGAAAGUGAGGUUCUCCGUUUCUUCGGUUUUCCGGGCGCUGGUGUCUGUAUGCAACGUGAGGCGAUGGUCUCUCCUCGCGGUCGGUGCCGCGACUGAUCUGUACACGCGAGUCGUCCGUGGAGUCCACGGCAUCAUCACCACAGCCCCGCCGCUUCUACCUCCGAGCUUCCCUCGAACGUUUACCAUGCUGCUGCACUUGAACACUUUUCUAUCUACUUGUUCGGCUGCUCUGCUCGUGGCGUAUUGUCUCGAUUGUCUGUUUCUGCGCAUUUUCUCCUUCACCCUUUUCCUCCCGCUUCUCCCCACGGACGUCAGUCCGUUCCUCUCCGUCUGUGGCGCCGUCGAGUGGCUGGGUGAACUGUCCGCGCUUCUUCUCCGGCCACUUUUCGUUUUCUUCGAUGCCUUCGUUUCGCUGCUGUUUCUCCUUCUGUCGCUGGUUGGCGGCCCGAUGUCGACCGUCGCGUCCUGGUUCCCGAACUUCGAUCCGCAAGCCAGCUUCGCCCUGUUCUUUUCAGACGGCCUGUCGGAAGCGCAGGACGCCCUAGACGCGUCGUGGAUGUCGCUUUCGCGUCUCUUCUCUGCGGUUACGAAUGCGCUCUGUCUUCCUUUGGGCUUCCUUCCAGAGACCGUCUCGUCUCUUCUUUCUGCGUUUCCCUUGACUUUGCCCCGGGCCUUCGCGAUCGGCUACAGCAGAGGCAGUGCCCCGCAGCCGUUCGCGGUGCCGGCACUGCCGUUUCUCUACGCGCUGCCGAGCCAGCACCAGAUCGAAGAGGUCUUCUCGGGUGUAUGUACACCCAACUGCGACGGAGAGGAGCCGACCACGUCGUCGCUCCUGCCCGCCGUGGUGACGGCUUUUUUCCGCCCCAGAACAGCGGACGCGCAGGGCCACUCGGACGCUGCGCUGUCCGACCUCGCCGCCGCAGCCGCAGGCUCGACCCUCGGGCAGUCCUCGGGUGUAUGUACACCGUGUGUCGGGCACAUGGGCAUCACUCUCGGGUACGUGGUGACCGCUGGGAUUUGUCUGCAUCUGGCUGCCGCCGAUCUGCAGGACAACAUGCAACUCCAGUUUCUUUCCUUCGGAGCGAUCAUCGCGGCCGUCUUUCAGAUCACUGCCUCCGCUGCUCUCGUCCUGCUGCGCGUCUCCUCCGCAUCCGCCUUGUCGUCCCUCUUCCCGUCCGCCGCGUCGUCGCCCUUGGCGUCCGCCUCGCCGUCUUCAGACGCCACGCGAGCUGUACACAUACCCGGCACCUGUGCGGUCGCCCCGCGUAUUCCGGGAACGUUCGCUGGCACCGAAGUCUGCGGUCGCGCCGAUCAAAUUCUGAACCAAGUCGACACUCGCUUUUCACACUCGGAGACACUCGCGAAUGGGAAGCUCGAAGGGUCGUUCCUCGCGUCACCCUGGCCUUCCGCAAUCGUUCGAGGGAGUGGCAUCGGCAGUCUUGUCUCCACCUUCGUCGACGCCUACAGCUUCUCGAAUGCACUGCCCAGUUGGGCUAACGAAAUCAAAGACGACGUCCCGGUGACGCGUACAAUCCUCACGAGCACGGCAUUUUCUUGUGCAGUCUAUUUCUUCUUUGGCUAUCUCUGUGCGGCGGCCUUCCCCGCUCCCUCGGCCUCCUCGAAUGUCAUCGCCGCCAUGCUUCCCUCCUCUCCAUCCUUCGUCGCUGUCGCAUGCAUCUGCUUCUUCCACGUUUUCGCCCUCCUGCCGAACAUCGUCACGGGGCAAAUCAGUUGCCGGUACGAUCUGAUCAACAUGGCGAUCUGCAUGGACAAGCAGUCUGCGUUUUUCACGGCUUCGAAGCUUCCGUGGUUGUUGUAUUGGCUCUUGACUUUCAGUCCCGUUUUCGCGCUCCCUUCCUCGCUCCUCACGCUCUCCACAAACGUCUUGUUGAACUUCGCAGCCCCAGCCGUGGUGUUUAUCUACGCGUUGCACGCUUGCGCUGACACUGGGGAUUUCUUCGAGGACGAGAGAGAGCUGCUCUCUGAGAGCGGCGACUGCGGCUUGUCUGUCGUCCUCAGCAGAGACCGGAAAAGAGGUAGCGCGUCUUCUGGGGAGACAGAUGUCCACGGGUUUUCGCCUUCUCCAGACUCGGCUUUUGAGACUUCUCCGCACCAUGCCUCGCCCCUUUUCUCCGCGCGCGUGUCUCCGAGUCUCUCGAGCCCGCGCCAUCCGUCACGGCUUCUGGGGGACUCGCUUUCGACGACCGCGUCGACGGGGAGUGUCUCGCCGGACAGCUGCGGCCUGAAAAGCUGUCUGAAGCCGGGGACAGGUGGCCCGGGCCUUCGCGCGCAGGGCAGAAAGAAAACCGUCGUCGCCCGGAUUGACGCCGCCUCCUCCACGCCCCGUGCCGGGAACGACGACGGACUCCAUCGCCUCCGGAUGGAGGCCGCGGAGGCCGGGAGCCGGCACGAGUCCCGGAACUCUUCAGGCGCGUUGGGCUCUGACGGGUUCUCAAGCGUCGAGGCGGAGGCCGGCGAAUGGGGCGACUCGACGCCUGGGCUGAAGCGCUCACAGACGCAAGACGUCACGAGACUCGCGACAACGGCUCGAGUCGGCUCUGGGUCUCUCGAACUUCGUAGCCGGCCUACGCAUGCAAAUCUCGCAAAUGUGGGGAACGCAGGAGGGAUGGCCCGCGUUUCUGGAGCUGUCGCAGGCGGCGGCUGUGCGCGGUCGCGAGAGGUGCAGAGACAACUGCAUGAGUGGCUCCAGGAGUACUCACGGCAGUUGCCAGACAGCGAAGUGGCGCUCCUGCUUCAGCGGCAAGAACAGGAGGAAGAAGACGAGCAACGCAGACUCCAAGAGGACGAAGACGAGGAUGCCAAGAACCGCUGCCAGCAACUCGGAAACGCCUGGCUCAGACGGCAGGCCCUUGGCGAUCCCUCCGGGAGUGAAGAAGAAGGCGACCUUCGUGAGACAGAGCAGAACGGCGAGAAGGAGGCUCAGGCGCAAGCGCCGGAGAAAGAGAUGGCAGAGAGCGACAGAACAAUCGAGGGAGAAGGCAGGAGGCGUCCGGCCGGCGACGGCAACUCAGAAGCGGAGGAGGCGAAUGAGGAGGCCCCCGAUGCUUUGUUAGCACCCAUGAACAAGGAAGAACAGACACGCAGUGACGGGGUGGAAGCGCCAGGUAAUGAAAAUGACAGAGAAAACGAAGUCAAUCUCUCUCGUUCGUCCAAGAGGUCACAUGUGUCUUUCGGGCGAGUCUCUUUCGACUCGACAGACACGCGGGAGAAAACGCAGUGUGGAGACGGGAACCAAGAUGAAAAGGAGGAAUGGCAGGCACCGACCUCCAGUCUCCUCGAUCAUUCCACAGAGGACAAAUGCAGUCAGUACGGCGCUUCAGAGAGUCUUGAAGGAGACAAAACCCAAGGGGACAAGGCAGAGAAAGAAGCACUCAAGACUGAGACAGACUCACCGCCGGCUGCUCUCGCACCUGGGGAGAUCCCCGUGGAAUUCGCGGCGGCGGAGGACGCCAGUCGCUUCGUCAGGAGGCAAGGCCGGACCCGGCGCGUCGACUCUGCCUCGCUCGCGCUGCAGGCCAGGCAGAGGGCGAAGGAAAAACAGAGAGCGGCAGACAGAUCCGCAGAGGAAACUUUGGGAGGCGAACAGGCUGACCAGAAAGAGACAAGUGCCGGAGCAACUGAAGAUAGAAAACAGGCCGAGGAUGCCCGUGUACCAUCGGGAGCGGCUUCUGCGAAUGGUUUUUCUUCACCUCUGAUCUCCCCUUCCACUGACGAGGUGUCCUCGCCCGCUGACGAAGCGCCUCCUUCCACCACCGAAAAGGUGCCGCCUUCUACCGCCCAGGAGGUUUCUUCUCCUGACUGUGUCCAUGGGGGGCAUGCAGCCACGCCGGCUCUGUUGGCGCCUGGAGAAAUCUUGGAGGAAUUUGCGCCUGCGAGUGCCGCAAGCACCUUUGUUCGCCGCACUGCGAGAUCAGCCCGAAUCGACUCAGUGGCUGUGGCACUGCAGAACAAGAAGGCGGAGCGACAGCGGCGGUUGGCGAGGGAACGGAGAAACCGAAACGACGACUCCGAGCUUGUUGGCGAAUCCCAAGCAGGAGAAGCGGGUUCAAGCGAUCGCCGCCUAGGCGAAGUGGCGGAGGCGCAAACACACGACCCCAUUUCUUCGUCGUUGUUUCAUCCUUCACCUUCUUCCUCGUCGGUGUCUCUGUCUUCUCCGCAUUCGUCUUCUCUGUUGUCUCUUUCUCUUGCGACUUCUUCUGCCUCGGCGGAGUCCCGGGGAGUCGAGGCAGCCGCGCCUUCCGCCGGCGACAGAGACACUUCGAAGGACAGGGGGGGCGAGGGCCCGAAGGCAGGCCCGCAAGGUGUGGGGUCGGUUUCAGGCAGUCCCCGUUGCUCACGGGAGGCAUCUGCCGCGCCGAGUGCCUUCGCGAAGCCCGAUUCGGACGCGGUUUCCGCUCGUCACAUUUCUCUCUGGCAUUCGCUGCACAGGGCGACAACGCGUUUCAGAGGCUCUAGCCUUCUGUCGCUGUGGAGUUGGGGGGUGAACGGGGAGUCCAGAGGGAGUCGAGACCCGCCUCAGUCUCUGCUGCGCCAGUGCACAAGCCGCCUUCAGACUCUGCGGAUUCCAGGAGCCUCUUGCUUCUCCAAGAGUCAACGACGCGUGUCGACCUCCACCUGUGCGACCAGCGAAGAAGGCCCGCGAGUCGUCGUCUUCGCCUGGCUCCCCACCGUCGAACAGAAACUCGUGGCGACCUACGUUCUGCUUCUCGUCAUCUGCUUCUGCGCCAUUGUCGCUCUGGCUGAGGACACUCACGCUUUCCUGGAAGCCUUCGUCGUCUUCCUCUCCACGACCGCCGUGUCGCUGUUCCGCCUCCUCCGCGGCGGCGUCUGCGGGACCGCGUGGAAGGGCUUGUAUGCAUGCAUCGGCCUCGUCAGCAGCGUGGUGCCCUCGCCGGUCGCUGCGGUGGUUUCGGACCUCGUUGCGUCUGCUGUCGCAUCUCUCGAGGGCGCGGGAGCCGCCGUCGAGAUGUUUAUCCGAGUCUCAGUGCCCACCCUCGCUCGACGCGCUGUGGCCAGUGCAGAGGCCCUCGUCGUCGGCGCCCAGGAGCAGGCCGGAGGGACAUUUGUUGCGCGCACUCUGGGCUCCAUCUGGAGACUUCGCAGCUUUUUGUGGGCGGCCGUGCAUUUUGAAGAGACAGUGAUAGACAGACAGGCCUCUCCGUCGGCCGCGACGAAUGGACGCGCUUCUCAGGUUGCUCCCGUCAGUGACGAUUUUCACGCGCUCGACGCGGGAGAAGACGACGGGCUGUGGUCCUUCGAGGCCUUCUUCUUGUCGCUGCUCUGUCUCCUCUUGACGGCAAUUCCACUCUUCCUCUACGUCUCUCCGGCGAGACAGAGAGAACGGAGGAGGAACCGCUGCAUGCAGAGACAGGCGUCAGACAGUCCUCCCUUUCUUCGAUGUCCUGACUCCGACGCGUGAGGUGCCUCUGUAUGUGUUCCUUCAGCGUUUUCGUUCGCUCUGUUGGUGCCUUGAAAGUGGAAAGGAUGGCAAGAAAAAACUGGAAGAAAAGCGGUGCCUCUCGGGGGGGGGGGGGGGAGAGUGGGUGCGCGGUUUCGUGAAAAGAGGCACAGAGACGACGAGGAAGUUGUUCUCCUUUCGUGUGGUCUGCCUUUUGGUCUCUACACUGGGCGAGAAAAAGCAACUACCAGGCAGGGUAGCCACAGUGUGUGCACAUGGUGGAUGCGUCCUUCCGACAGGGCGCAGUGGCGUCUGAAUAGAGAGCACAGAUGUCUGAGCACUGGCGACUUCUCGAACAGAAAAACAUGGCAAAGACGGGGGGUUUGGUGGUAGUUUUCGACGGAAGUGUUCAUGGCUUUGAAUGCUCAAGGACGGCUGGGAGAAGAGCAGAUGGUUGUCUUUGCUAUUGUCGAGAGCAGAGAAAGCAUUGGGGAGUCUGGAGAGGCAAACCCCGUUUCUCGACAUUCGCAGGUACGCAUUCGGUGUUCUUGAGACUUAUUGUAUCUGUAAAAGAAGCUCUGACGGGCGUGGAUUUGAAACAGCCCAAGUGGGGAGGCUGAGUCCAGCAGACGGUCUGCUCGUGAUGUGCGAUACCGACCGAGUUGUUUUCGUCUUUCGCGCAGAUCAUCGAAAUGGUACGAAACUGGGUGUGUCUGUCCUUUUGCUCGAGACUCGCGACAUUGAAUACCACAAAGAAUGUCUUUUCGUGCAACUAGAAGAAGACGCGACUUGGUUAAGACCGUGGCCCAAGAGUCUGCUUUGGGACUGUUACGUACGCAGAGCUACUGUGACCCUCGAUACACAAAUGUGUUGUAAUAUCACCCAUACAUAAAUUUGUGAAUAUGUCUUUAUUUUUAGUUGAUAUGUGGAUCUCCAUGUGAAGGUACGGAACGAUGUUCCCGGCCCAGAUCUUUCGCCGGAGUUUUUUCGCUUUUAGAGUUGAAGUUGUGGGUGGGAAGGCCGGGACACGCAGUUGCACCAAAAUGACGUUCGCCCAGGAGCGGAGAUUCGCUCCGGUGUUUCUCCGGUGUGGAGAGCGUUUCACAGGAGACGAAGUUUUCCGCUCUACCUGCGUCGCUCCAAAACCGGCAUGACCACCGCAACUGUCGCACGUUUCCCUUGUUUGUCCGAGUUUCGUCUGUUUGUCUCGCGUCUGCGUUUUGUGUUUUUUCGAGUCCUGACGACUCGGCGAAAAGGUUGGCAAGCCGGCCUUUGCCAGGGGAAAGAAGGCCUUGUUCCCUCAGUCUUGGCACCCGCCGGGUUUCUCCUACACGCAGAAAGAAACCUACGGACGAGGUUGGUGUGCAUGUGAUCAUCCGAGGAAACGUCGGGGACGACGGCAUUUCGUUCUCGCUUCUUCUUUUCAGGCAGUUCCACAGAAACUCAGAAAAAACAGACCCCAGCGAAAGGCAGCGAGGUCGAGUUUAGAGUUCCAUGUGACUUCUACCCUAUCAAGCGAUGAGGGCAGAAAUUGAUGAUAAUGAAGUAAAGACAGAGGAGAAGUCUGGUUUUGAAAGACACGGUUUUUAUGCUGGGUGUUGAUCUGUUUCGGCUUAGAUUUGGAGACUUGUCGCUCUUUGGAUGGUGCCUUAAACUUGUCCCCAGCUUCGCUCUCAUAGUUUCGCUUACCAGAGAGGGCGCAUUGCGAGAAGAAUAACGAUUCUCGCAUUGAGGUUGUUUCGUGGGUAGUCCGUUUGUCGGGAAGCGAUUUUCCCUAGCCUCGGAUUCAAUUCUCAAGGUUCACAAACUCGAUUCGAGAGACAAAAUGUCACAAGAAACACACCGCAGCUCUCUGCGGAACACACUGUGUUUAGGUGCGUCCAAUUUACUCUUUCCUCAGUCACUCAUCAAAUCAAUUCCAUAGGUAAACCGUGAAUUGCUUAGUCGGAUUGCGUCUGAGAUUCUGUGCCAAAAAUCAUAAAUGCCCAAGGUCCGCGUUUAUGUAAAUCGAGCACCGACGCAGUGAGGCGGCACUCCGCCACAACCAGGAGGCACGAUAAAAAAAAUACCAGAGUUGAACCUUGGUGUAGUUUCAACUCCCAGAACAGUCAAUUCCUCGCGACCUGUGUACGCAUUUCUAUUAGUGAUUGAAACACCUUCAUGUUUCAUAGCGAACAAAUAUUUUUCUUGCAACGACCUUCCGGUAUCACGGGAAAGCCAUAGUUUCCGUACACAGCUCCGGAGUUGUGAACUGCGCCAUUCUCACCUUUGAAACACCUUCAUACUUCAUAGAGAAUAGCUAUUUUUCAUGUAACGUCUUCUCUGUAUAGGUAGAUAUGAAAAAGAGAAAUGCCCUAUCAUCGAAUCCGUACCAUGGUUAUGGUGUUGCAAACGAAGCAGCGAAAUACAAAGCAAUGACUGACGGCUUCAAGAACUCUUGAGAAAUAUGGUGUCUCAGAUGUCAGAUCAACGAGCGGCAUAGCCGCGUACAUUCAACUGACUGGCGAAAAAGAUACUUUGCCGAUCUGAGUCUGUCUGCGUAACAACUCCUUUGAACCGCACACCGACAGGGAAUGGACGUUUGCGGCCGAGGGACGCUCCGAGUCGCAAACGGACAAGACCGAGAUGGAACACACUACUGCAGAAACAACAUGCAGGCAAAAGACCGAGCACGUAGACGAAUGUUAAUUCUACAGACCAUUUCCUAUGGCGUUGCACAACCUAUCAAUGCAUUGAAGAGUUCGGGACGCGGCAGCCGGAGAAAAAACAAAAAUCCCUUCCACAGUUAGAAAACUGACUCAGAAUCCGGCUCCGCCCUUUUCUCAUACCCUUUUUCUUUCGGCAUGCGACAUCGACAGCUUUGCGAUGGAAACUUUAAUAGUCUGCCUCGGUUCUUGGUGAAGAUGACUUCCGGGCGCUCACCGUUUGAUUUUUGUCUAGUGCGUCUUGAGGACAGGGUGUUAAACCAUGGAGGAAAAGCCUCU